CAAGAAAGUAGCAGAAAGUGAGGCUGGCAGGCGGCGGCAGAGGCAGGAAGUCUGUGCCGAAGAGCAGCAGAAAUUAGAGCCAGGGAGGGACCGCGGCAGCAGCAGCCAAGGCGAAAGAGGAAACUGCCUAAGAGGAAGCUCUGCGGCAGCCCGAGCCUCCGUGCGCUCCGCAUCCUCCGGCUCUGCAUCCCCGCGCCCGGCAUCCCCUCUGCGCCCGCGCGGGGCUCCCGGCGCCCCCUCCCCAGCGUACCCCGGCUGCCCCAAAGCUCUAAUCUGCCAUGGCCCGGGAGAACGGCGAGAGCAGCUCCUCCUGGAAAAAGCAAGCGGAAGACAUAAAGAAGAUCUUCGAGUUCAAGGAGACCCUCGGAACUGGGGCCUUUUCUGAAGUGGUUUUAGCUGAAGAAAAAGCAACUGGGAAACUCUUCGCAGUGAAGUGCAUCCCAAAGAAGGCGCUGAAGGGCAAAGAGAGCAGCAUCGAGAACGAGAUUGCUGUUCUUAGAAAGAUAAAACAUGAAAACAUUGUUGCCCUGGAAGAUAUUUAUGAAAGUCCGAAUCACCUGUACUUGGUCAUGCAACUCGUGUCCGGUGGAGAACUCUUUGAUCGGAUAGUGGAGAAGGGAUUUUACACAGAAAAAGAUGCCAGUACUCUCAUCCGCCAGGUCCUGGAUGCUGUAUACUAUCUCCACAGAAUGGGCAUUGUUCACAGGGACCUCAAGCCUGAAAACCUCUUGUACUACAGUCAAGACGAGGAGUCCAAAAUAAUGAUCAGUGACUUCGGUUUGUCAAAAAUGGAGGGCAAAGGAGAUGUGAUGUCCACAGCCUGUGGGACCCCAGGCUAUGUCGCUCCUGAAGUUCUUGCCCAGAAACCGUACAGCAAAGCUGUUGACUGCUGGUCCAUUGGGGUGAUUGCUUAUAUCUUGCUCUGUGGCUACCCUCCUUUUUAUGACGAAAAUGACUCGAAGCUCUUUGAACAGAUCCUGAAGGCAGAAUAUGAGUUUGAUUCCCCCUACUGGGAUGACAUCUCUGACUCUGCCAAAGACUUCAUUCGGAAUCUGAUGGAGAAGGACCCAAAUAAAAGAUACACUUGUGAGCAGGCAGCUCGGCACCCCUGGAUUGCUGGUGACACUGCCCUUAACAAAAACAUUCAUGAAUCCGUCAGCGCUCAGAUCCGGAAGAAUUUUGCAAAGAGCAAAUGGAGACAAGCGUUUAAUGCCACGGCUGUCGUGAGGCACAUGCGAAGGCUACAGCUCGGCAGCAGCCUGGACAGUUCAAAUGCAAGUGUCUCAAGCAACCUCAGUUUGGCCAGCCAAAAAGAUUGUGCGUCUGGCACCUUCCACGCUCUGUAGUUUCCUUUCUUCUUCGUCGGGGGUCACAGGAGUCGGAGCUGAGAGGAGACCCAGGCCCACCACUGUGACAACAGGGCACACUGGAAGCAAGUGACCCGGCUCUGGAGGUGGGACCCAGGGGGCGGAGCCGGGGAAGGGGAAGCCCCAGACCGGAGCAGCUCCAGCAUCGGAGACCCCACCCACCCUGCAUGGUGCGCCUGCAUAGGACUGGAAGGCAGAAGUUUUUUAUGGCCAUAUUUUAUACUGCAAUUCUGAUGUGUUCAUUUCUCACAAACUGUACUGACUCAAGGGGAGCUGACUUCACAGGAUCUGGUGCUGUAUAUAAGAACCUUGCAAAGCUCUAACUGAACGGACCUUCUUGCUCCCCUCUCCCAACUCCACCACUUCCGCUCUCUCAGUGUAGGCAGCCAUCUAGGAUGUAUUUUUUCAUGAAAAAAAAAAGGUUUCAACUGGAUUAUUUAAAUAUUAGUAAAUGUUGUACAUUAGGAUUUUUGGGGGGGGGGUGGUGCUGGGGAUUGAACCCAGGGCCUUGUGCAUGACAGGCAGGCUCUCUACCACUGCACUGGAUCCCUGACUGCAUUAGGAUUUUCUUUUCUUUUUGAGACAUGUCUUUUUGAUCUCUGUCAGUUACGUGACCUCUCUCAUUCGCUCUUUAAUAGUGGUUUUAUGUGACCUUUAAGGGAUUUCUUUCUUUCUUUUUUUUUUUUGUUUUUGCCUCCAAGAGGAGUUAAAAAUAUUUUUUAAAAUUCUAAGAGGAUCGAGAAUCUGUCUCCAAGGCUGAGUGCACUUUACUUGUGUUUCCUUGCCCUGUGUCUCUUCCUCAGGAGGUCACCCCAGCACCUGGGCUGGGCUGGCUUCUCUCCAGGUAGCUUUUGCCAGGGAAACUGCAGAAAACCUUACCAGCAGCUUCCCCUGAGAACCCCUCACCAACCACAGAAGAUGUAAGCUUGUUUCCUCUGCCCUAAACUCCAGGCUCCAUAUUACAGGGGAACUGCCCUCUAGGAACAGGAUCCCCGCCGGGCCAAGGAUCCCCGCCGGGAGCCUCCCUUACAGGCGGGACUAACCGCCAUCUUGUUUUUAAAAUGAACCACACAAAGCUCUCAUUUCUCAUGGGAGAUAAUGGAUGAAACUCUGUUCUCAGCUAUGCACUUUUAAAACGAAUCUCUCUACAGUUGUUUUAAUUUUUUAAAUUCAUUUCUAAUCCUGCCCUUCAAAUGGCCUAUAGCACACACUUUUCCCCUUCACAUUUUUACCCUUUUCUCUCGUGAACAUUACCCAAGAGAGGGGACAGAAAAAGCCUUUAAGAAGAAACCUUUUUGUUCGGAGGUAAGGAAAGACACGAAGUGAGCAGAAUACUGUCCACCUCAGAGCAAGGUCCAGCUGGUGCAAAAGCCUUCCCUUACAUCAGAGGAGCCUGAAAUGAAAAGUCAUGGGGGUGGUCAGGCCAUUGUGCGCCCUGGUUUGCCAGGGAUUGAAGGAUUUCCUAGGAUAUGGAACUUGAAGGCUAAAAUUAGGAAUGUCCUAAAAACCAGCCCUUGUCACUGACCUGCACAGUGGCUAGAUAUGCAAGAAGAACAGGCACAGAGUGUAGUCCAGGGCAGACGCUCUCCCAGGAGGUUCUCAGAGACCCGGGCAGCUGGCUCAAAGGCCAGUUUUGCCAGCAUUCCCCUUCAGUUCUCAUGUCUGUCUGAAGCCUGAGCCUCAUCUACAGUCAGUGGUAGCCUAGCAAUACGGACUGUGAUAGGGUCCCUGAUGGCCCAGGGACAGGCCUGAGGUUGUUGUCCUCAUACCCUCCUCGUGUGCUUGCCAGCUACAAAAAGUCCUGGUGGACAAGUAAGUCAUCCUUGCCACUCCUACGUUUGCCCCUAGUACUCCCCAGUACAUAUGCUGUGCAAGUGCGUGCACACACACACACACACACACACACACACACACACAGUAUCACUAGGGAAGAAGCUCCAGUUCCCCAAAGCUAUAUAAGAGCAGUUUCAGACAGACAUCUGGUCUACCUGUUCCCAGUUGUCUCAUAAGCUCCCAAAUGCUUAGUGAGAAUCCUACCACACAAACCCAAAGAGUAGCCGUUGAAGCUGUCGUUUCAAAGUCUAUAAGCCUUCUGGGAAGAGUUUCUAAAAUGACAACAGACCCGGUUGGAAAGCAAAUGCCACUGAGUCUGGAGACUUACCCACCUACUCUGCCCUUCAGAAAGCUAAUGAUAUGAAUAUUACAAACAGUAUUUAAGAAAACCUAGAAGUGACUCAAAAGAAGUUUAUAGGAUGUUUCCUGACAAGAAGUAUCAUGGAAAUAUUCAAUUUUAUGUAGUAUAAGAAAAAAAUACAGCAGUGCUUGGUGGUCUUAAUUAUAACACUUUGGAGGCUAAGGUAGAAGGAGCUCAGUUUCUAUGCAUCCUGAGCUGAUUAGUAAAUUCUUAUCUCAAAAGGGAAGAAGGGAGAAAGGGAUGGAGGAAGGAUGGAAGUAGUUUAGUUGAUUGCUGAAGUGGGGGAUUUUACCCGAGUUUGACACCUUUCAUGUGUUAGCCCUUUAUGAAGUAUGGUACAUGUAACUAUUUAUGUCUACAAAGUAACAUUAUUAGUGAUGAAAGUAUUUCAUAGAGCUGAUAUAUGGGUACAUGGACUACAUAUAAAUAUUUAUGAACUACAAAUAAAUACAGAACAGUUGAAGAGUGAGCCCUGGUACAGGUGUCUACCUUGCAAUCAACUAUGCUUGAUUCAACCUUGACACAUCAGGUCUCCAUGAGCUGGUGUUAGGAAGAUGAUUGAUAUUGCCAGCUCAGUAGUAGAUAAGGUUGAACUUGACUUCAGGAAGCACCUACAGCAUGUCACUAACUUGGGUUAUUUCCUACUGUCUUAAGAAAGGUGAAAAUAAGUACCACCUGAGCCUUCUAUUCUGAGAAAGUCAGCAUGGGAGAAAGACGAAGUUUCACUUCCAGUUGGUAUUGUUAAAUAAUACUAUAGGAGACCACAGAAUGGACUUAGUCUUAAGACCUGGAAAAUGGGAUGGUAAAGUCUUGGCUCCCUCAUUCUUGUUAGAUUCCACUGACAUAGGCUGAGAAUGUCAUGUACGUACCAGGAUGCUUAGCAGCAUCCUGUGGGCACACAGGCCCCUCUCAGACUGCUUUCCUAAUAUCAGGCUCUUACCACUGCCCCCGCUAGAGCCUUUUCACAUUUUCCGAGCAAGUGGAUAUUUAUUUCUUCACUUGGUUAUGAAAUUUUGAAAUAUUUUCAGAAUAUUUCCCACUGCUUCCUGCCUGUCCCUCCCUCAUCCCCUGACCUUCACCCAUACUUGAGGCAGAAAGGGCAGCUAACAUUCAUCGAAAAGCAACAGUGAGUGAAAGGGGAGCCCUCUUUGGUCCCAACAAGGCCAAUAACUUGUCAUUCCUAAUCAAGGGAUCUGUGGAGUUUGGAGCUUCAGGUGUAGGGGUUAGGAAGGGACAGAGGCAGUUGGAGGCUGGAGGGACAGGGCCUGCCACAAACCCUUGAGGAAAUGGGGUUUGCCCAGUCAUGACUGAGGCAGCAGCCCCAGUGUCACAGACUUUGUAACAAGCCCUGGCUGCUUUUUACCCCUCUCUACUGCCUCUAACCCCAAGGGGACUUUUGACUCCAGAAGAUCAACUGCCAUUCCCAUCUCUGUGUGAAAGAAAAGGACUCUGUAGAAGGCACUGAAACAGAUCAAAAUGUCUAGAUUCCUGCCCUUGACAUUGAUGCUGGGUCUCUGCUAAAUUGCCGCCUUGAGUCUCCAGCCAUACCACUUCAACUGGGCCCCGUGUCAUCUAAGAUGCCUCCUUAAGAAGACAGCCACCUCCGUUUGCACAACAAGCUGUGGUUUUGAGAAACUCGCAAUCUGCAGAAAUCUCUGAGUGUGUUAUUUGAGGAACACAGCAGCUGGCAUAGUGAAUCCCGGACUCUGUUUACCCACUUAUGCUUCCCCCCACCCCCGACCUCAGUGCCCCGCACUAGUGCCCUAGAGAGUUUGUAGAUGGCAGAUGCCCUUGUACCACAGGUCAAGAACACUGUGGACACUGAAGAAGGAACCAGUUGGUCCCCUCUUGAAAGAACUGACCUCCCACAGGAUGCAAAACUUGGUCCAGUCAGCUCUGGGGUUUGAUGCUUUAUGAGUUUGUAUAAACAGUAGGGCAAGCCCACCCAGUAGGAAUGACUAGGGAUUUUAGAGCUCUGGGUAUGAUGACCCUUUGACCUGCUCAGAAUUAUGGCCAGAACUGACUUUUCACAAUGGGGAAACCAUAUUGGUGCCAUUAUUCCAGGCUGCAGGCAGGAAACCUGGGGCCAGCAGUGCCUCUGCCUUGCAAGAUUUGCACAAGUGUUGUGCUGGGUUUUCCUAAGCCAUGAGGAAGGAAGGCGAGAGCCAGGGAAGGACAGCUCCUUCCUUUUUUCACAACCAAAUGGCAGGUUUUCCUGGUUGGCACACACUCCCAGCAAGUGAGAUACGGGCCCCGCUUGCACGUCCUACAGAACCAGCGCUAGGUUCCCAUCCCUUCUCCUCACAUUCCGACAAUUUGCCUUUUCCUUAAACACAUUCCAGACCAAACACUGUUCAGUUUGUUUCCAAAAUUAAAAACCAAUGUAUAUAUGUGUAUGUAGUCCACUGCUCUUUCAGGGGUUAUCUGGUCCUAGGUUGGGGCUGCAAGCAGAAAAGGUAUUCCAAUCCUUUGAUUACCAGAAUUGAGAGUUUUGAGAGGUUUUUUUGUUUUCUCAGCCAAGUUGGGGAAGAGACAUUUUGAAAGGCAAAAUUAUUUCCUGCUACCUCUACAAAAAUUUGUGUGCAGGUGAUUUAGCUUGAAAACUUCAACCCUGGGUAGCAAGCAGGUCUAAGGAAGAAAGGAAGAGGAAAGCCACACCCCAUCCGCCAGGUCCCUUCUUGGUGGUCUCAGUGCAUCAAGGUCUGCCUCCUGCUCCAGUGUGUGCACAGGAGCCCAGCCCCGCUGUGAAGUUGGCCCUGCAUGCUGGCCACGGCCGGGCCUGCCCUCUGCCAGCAGCCAAAGUCUUCACAAUCAGCAGGGAAGACUUAGCCCUGUGUAGACUUCCCUGUAAGCCCAGUGGGAGCAGCUCAGCUUGCGGCUUUAGGGGCUCCACUUUUGCAAACCCAAAGGCUGUGCAUUUGGAAGCCAAACAUUCAGUUCAGCAUGUGGCUCCAAAGUCUGGUUUCGUGGACAAAGCAAACUGUGGAAUGACUUCUCUGUGUCUGUUUUUCUCUAAGCCAAAGGGACAAACAAUUGCAUUGACUCCUUGUACUAAAGCCGCUUCUGCAUUCUCCAUACCUGUUUUUAACCUUCUUGUCUCUGGGGAAUUUGUUAUAUAAUUAUCAUGUCCUCUGAUGAUUUAUCAAACUAUGUUACUUACAGGUGAUUUUAUUUUUCUUAUGGAUGGAGAGACAUGUUCGAGACUUUAGUCAAAGACAUUACUCAAAAGUCCCAAAUACUAAUUAACUAGCUUCUCAAUGGGAAAAAUCUUCAUUUGAACAGACAAGGGUUCUGAGGCCCUCUGGGAUAACCCUGCACCUUGGAGAACAAAGCCCUGGGGGGCAGAGCUGGAAGUUGGGUUACAAAAGAGAUGAAGGAGGGACCAGAGCAUUAGCUCAGAUGUUUGUCCCACACCACAGAAGCUGUGAUUCUCCCCGCAAGGCUCUUGGCCAUUUCUGAGCAACAUAAGACACUGUCCAGUAUCACAUCAGCGUCUUGCGUUUGAAAGACUGCAUGUUUCAGAGAGCAUUUAUCUUAGUCCAACAUUCAAAUGAGAAGAUACCAAAGGUGCAUUCUUUCCAGAACAUCCAUUGGAACAAUGUCUAAAUUGGCUUCUGUGGCAAUCUAUGAUGUGAUUGGCCUUCAUCCAGCUCUCUCCCAACAGUGGGCAUGUUUUCCCAACAGCUUCCACCAUCAAACCCAGGAGCAACCCAACUCACUAUUACCAGGCUUGCAAUUGGUUUGAUUUUUUUCGUACAUGCUUGUCCAAAAAAAAAUUUUAAAAAACGAGCAAAAGAAGGGAAACUGCAUUUAUCCAUGCAUGUAAUAAACUCUGCAAGAAGUUUAACCCCCAUAGGUUUGCGGCACUGCAAAAUUGUUCAUGGGUCUAUGUAGCAAAUGAUUCUCUGCCUUGACAAUCAUGUAUACAUAUCGAUUUCUAUCAUAAUGAUAAUGAGAUUGAUGACUUCUUGUUUUCCUCCAAUAAAGAGAAUUAAUCACCUUUCGA